UGACAGAACUAUCGAGCAACUUGCACUAGUAGCAGAAACAGCAAAUAAUUAUAGAGGCAGCAAAGAAACAUCAAGUUGUAGCCCGCAACAGAAUGCCGACGUUGCUGCACGCCUGCCGUGGUCGUGUGCUGAGUCCCACGACGAGCGUUGUUGGUUCCAUGGUGUUUCUUGUUGGUUUUUCGGUGACGGGGAUGAUGGCGCCGCUUGGCUGCCGAGCCGCGGAGAAUCACGGAACGUCUCCAAAAAUGUCGUUGGCAGAUCUUCCGGAACCAGUGCUAGAAAGAGUUGCGGCCGGCAGCGCCCCGCCCCCGGGGGCGGACACGCGGAAAGUCGCAGCCCAUUUUCGGAAGUAUCAAAUGCAAAAGUGUCUGUGUCUGGAAGAUUGCGGCUUGUCAUUCUAAAUCCGAAUCAUGCAAAAAUGAAUCUGUGUUGUGGUUGCCUGUCCACUUUCGACCAAGUUGGGAGGGAGCUUCUCAUGCAGGAUAGGCAUGACAGAGACCUCGCGGACUCUGUAGUGCUAGGUCCCGCAUUCCAAACCUCAUGGGUCAGGUCAUGCUCAUGGGAAACCUGCAUGACAAGUUUACACCCUUCCAGACCCAGACAUAUUUGCAGUUGAUAGGAACCUGCUUCGUGCAACGUGUACGAAUGCUCCAUGGAACUUGCCGUAUGUGGUAUCACAAUGAAAAAUGCCCCCACCCCCGAACUUGGGAGCAUUUGUAUUGCAAGCCUUUCCACCAAGUGAAACACUCGCCCUCUUGCAUCUAUCAGCAUUACAGGUUUCCAAUCGUGAAUAGAAAAAAUUUGUAUUGCAAAAGACCCCAGCAAGAGCGGCGCUUGUCAUGCAAGCGAUGCGAUACACGCCUAGGCUCUGCAUCAGAAAGAUUCAUACUCCUUUCAUGCAUGACAAAAAGUUUUCAUUUGGAAACUUCGCAUCGCAAAUUUUUGCAAUUUCAGGGGUGGGUGGCAGUUUUCACUUUAAUAUGUGGAUCGCGCGCAAGAAUUGGGCACAGAAUUGCGCAAGUUAGUUGAAGCCUUUGCUGCGGUCAAGCGGAUACCCAUUGCAAAAGCAUCUUCGCACUUGGUAUAGUAUCUAAAUCGCAUGACAAGAAAGAAUGGAAUUUGUAUAAUAGGCGGAUUGUGGUCCAUAGACCAUAGAUCUGUCAUGCGUGGCUGCGAUUACUAGAUAGAAGUACGAGUGCGAUAUAAAAACUUUUGCCUGGGAUAGCAGAAGCGUGCAGAGCGGGCGGGGCCUUUUCAUCCCAAACUCGCUGCGGUAGACAAAACCUUUGCCGGGUUACUUUCCCGCCCUCGAGAAUCGAAGCCGGAGGAGUCGCUCCUGCUGGCAGAGUUGCUGCAACCUUAUCUUCCGACGUGGCAUGAUGAUCGGUACGGAAAUUAUGCUGGUGAAGAUCCCCGUGGACUAGCUCGACGGGCUCAACGCAGUGUAUGGCGUUCUCAAAUGUUUACAUUCUCAACUGUUGCGUGAGUUUGUAAUGCAAGAGUGCCAAAAUCGAAAGGGGGAAGAUUGCGCCUUUUGCACUACAGGGUUGGCACAGAUUGAGAUUCUAAUCCUAUUUUGCGAGUCGCGAACUUGUCAUGCGAAGCAGCUUGAUCAUGUAGGUACUCAUGGCAAACUUACAUGACAAAUCAUGUAUUAACAUUUGAGAGUGUAACGUUUGAGAACCCCAUACAGUGCCUAUCCGAAACUUCUGAAGAUCCUCGAGACCGGGCUGCAAGCAGUGCCGCCACGCGCCGAAUUUGGAUUUGCCUUUGGGGUGAAGGAAGCUGAUGGGCCGCGCGCCGAAUUUGGAUUUUUGAUGGGCCCAAAUGGGAUCGCGGUUAAUAUGAUGGAGCCCGUGCGUCUUUCUCAGGAAAUUUUAGCAGCUUUCGACUUUCUCGGCCUUGCCUUUGAAGCCCCUCUGGAUUACACCGACGAUGCCGGCUUUCGGACUGGAACGUACCUCAGAAUGCAGGCUGCAAAAGUGGAGGUGGAGAACCCGAGUCCGAGCGGACCCCAACAGGAGCAGGGCGAAGAGUACUUGCUGACAUUGGAGAUAAAGCUGGUGGCGCCACGACCAGUUCCAGUGUUUGACCCCUGGUUGACAUAUGGCGCGCCGUAGUUGUAUGAUGAAGCACUGAAACUACCAAGGCGCACAUGCAUAUGCAAGCCUUCGCUGGCCGGCAUUGCGCGUCGUGCGUGGAAUCAAGAGGUGGAAGAAGAUCUGAUUUAUUGCCACACCUGUGAACAAUUUUUACCCUACUAGGAAAGUAGGGAACAAGAUGAAAGGGCAUUUAUAGCAUUUGGCGGAGGUUCAUUAAAAUCAUUAUUAUACGAGAUAGAUUGUACUUGUAGAUGUACUAGCUCAACAGUGGUCGUUGACAUUCCAGCGUUUGACCACUGGGCGUAGUUGUAUGAUGAAGCACUGAAACCAAGUCGAGCUGCGCCACGCAUAAUUAACAACUUCUUCACUUAUCCCAGCAUGACCCGAGAUACAACAUACAAGAGGCGGCCUGAGCAGGAAGGCCUCUAAGAACUUAUGUAUGAAUAUAGAACGAGAGACAGAGAUUUCUACAUCGGAAGUUACAAACUCGCCAUAUUCAUCCGCAUAGGGGCUGUUCCUCCUCCUGCCUACAGUGCCAGUAUGCUUCUCGGUCAAUGAUGCUUCUGGCAGAUAGAACAGAUUUAGAGCAUCAGCUCUCGAUCAUGUCUAGAACACGUGACCAAACACGAUGCAUUGUCGGAGUACUUAGAACCGUCGAAAACAGGAGCAAAAGUAUCGACACCCUUCCAAUUUAAGUUUUUUGGGCAAAAGUGUAAUUUUGUUCUUCCCCCCGCCCGGCAGCUUGCAGGUGGAAUAAAUGAUCGAGAAAGAACGCCGCGCCCGGCUCUCAACUAAGC